GUGCACAGAUGCUCACUGCUGUUUCUUCAUGGACAAAGUUACUGGAUGUUUUUAUUAUGGUUUUGUUUGUGACGUGUGGACUGUUAAAGGGAUUUGGAUUUAAGUACAGAUUUGACUCUUCACCAUCAUGUUUAUUAUAGGCAGUGGACUGAUGGGCAACUCCUCAGCCUCCUUCAUGGGGACCUUUCUGGCCAGUAGUUUGGGCUCUCCGCCGUCCCAUCCACCUCACCCGUCCCGGCCGCCCUCCUCGCCCUCUUCACCCUCCUUCAGGGGUGGACCUCACUCCAGCGCCUCGCAAAUUUGGUUUCCUCAUUCACACGAAGCAGCUCCAGGGUAUCCGCGGUUCUCAGGAAGUCUGGCCCACACGUUCCUCCCAAUGAGCCACUUAGAUCACCAUGCCAACAGCGGAGUUCUCUACGGGCAGCAUCGUUUCUAUGACACCCAAAAAGAGAACUUCUACCUCCGAGGUCUCCCAUCCCAACCUCCUCUAAUCUCAGCCAAUCACAGCCUGCCGCCAAUGUCCAGGGCGGUAUCAGGACACUCACAGGGCUCCUGUAGUCGAGACCGUGAUCCAGGUGCAGGGCAAGGUCUCCAGAAAGGACUUAAAGAGGGAUCCACCGAAAGAGGAGUGGUGCCUGGGAAAGAGAAGGAGAGGUCCAGUAGCAAGCAUGAUACAAAAGACAGACAACAGCAGCAGCAUCACAGUCACCAUCUGGCACCGCCCACACACCACCACCAUCAUUCCCAUCCACAUCAACAGCACCCACAGUACCAACAGCACCCACUGCCCUUGGAAGAAGUUAACAGUCGGCCUUUGGAAAGACAUAAAUCGUCAUUACCCAUGGAGCAUCCACAAAAUAUGGGGAAAACCCUCAGUGCCUGUUUGCACAAUGGCAAAAUGCAAAAUGGAGAUACAGGAAGUACAAUGGGCAGGAGCUGUGGAGGAGAAGGCAUCGGGGCAAUGGGAGGUCGGCAUAUGGGGCAGAGCAGUGGAAGUCGCUGCACCAAAGAAGGAGUCAGUGGAGGUAUGAGAAUCAGUGAACAACCAUCGGACUGUUUAGAAAGAGGACAAGCCCCUCUACACCACACUCUACCUUACUCUGUACCUCCUCCUCUACACAUGGGGACCACUACAGGAGCAGCACACCCACACUCCCAUCCACACACACACUCACACACACACCCAGGGGGCUUCCACUGCCUCCAGCUCCACCCAAGUCACCCACACCACCCACAUCAUUCCCAUCACCACCCAGACUUCUUCUGCCCACCCCCUCCAGCUCCUCUCUCCAACCCUGCUUCCCAUGACAGGGGGCCAGCAAAUGGGGGGAGACAACCAAAAGUCACAGGAGCUACUUUUGUGCCAUCUGUGGCAGACGGUAGUGACAAAUCCAGUGGGCCUUUUCAGCUUGGUAACCCUGACUGCCAGGCAGUGGGUGGUGGUGGGGUUGGAGGGGGAGGAGGCAAUGCCAAGGACAAGGUUUUAGAAAAGAAUGGAGGAGGUGGGCACCAUAGUAACUGGCAGCGAAAGCAGCAACAACAGCAUCAACAACAGCAUCCAUACAGAAAAGCAGACAAGGCUCCGGAUUGGCUACAGCCCCAACAACAUCAUAUCCAGUCCACACAGAUGCCCCACCCCGCCCAGCAGCCUGUGCCCCCACAUCCCCAGCAGCACCAGGUGGUUCGCUCUCGCAGCGCUGAGUGCAUCAACUCUGGGGUGGACAUGGACGUGUUCAGAUCCCCAGACCCAAAAACUGGACAUGCUAUGCCCCACUCUGUGAACACAUCUCCCUUUAGAGACUGCUCUCACCAAGGACCCCCACCCAAUGCCUCUCCACUGAGCAACAAAACUAUGAGCCAGCACAAUGGGUCUGUGCACAGCUCCGUGGUUGCACCAGGGGGGGGCAGUUGCUCAUUACAGAGAGAUGGCCAGAAGGUUGCUCGAAUUCGCCACCAACAACAUGGGCGCAGCGGACAAGAUGCCCCUUCCCCGGCUGAAAUGAAUCAAGGGACCAGUCAAGAGAUGAAAAGAAAAAUGGAUAUUUCUCCUUAUGGUUAUCCCAACAACAAUGGGCAGCAUCAGCAGCCCCCAGCGUCACCCUGGAACAUGAGGCCUUCUCAUCACAUGUCCAAACCAGAGGAAGAGCAGAGGAAGACUUACAUGGAGUUAGGAAAUGCAGUCAGGCCACAUACUCAGCAGCAGCAGCAGCAGCCAGGUAUGAACCUGCCUCCACCACAGCCCCCCUCUGCCCCCUCUCUGGGCCCACAGCAGCCUGAGCCUCAGGCCCAAAGCCAGGGGGACAGCAGUGCCACAAAAGCUUUACUGAAGUACAGCAACCAGCAGACCAUGCUCCCCUCUCAGAAGACUCCCUUUGGGGGUCUGGGAAGUCUCAAAUCUGCUGGUGGGAGCUGCACCCUGCAGGGGAACAAACACACACUGCCGCCAAGGAAAGGCCCUGUCAGCGAUGGAGAGCGCUCCGAUUGCAGCGGACGCAGCAGGGAACUGGGAGAGCCAGGCCACGGGGAGACAGAGGUACGGCAGCCUCCCGUGGGAAUCGCAGUGGCUGUGGCCAGACAGCGAGAUCCACCAUGCCGCUCAGGAGACAGCCACCACAACAGUCGCCAAGGCAGAGUGCACCCCUCAGUGAAAGGAGUCACUCGCUCCAUGUAUUCAUCAGAUCUCUCUACAGAUGAGGAGAGAAAAAGGAUGAAUGGGGAACUCACUUGUUUGGACAGAGACAGAGAUCCAUAUAUCAGGGAAAAUAAAGAAAGGGUGGAGUUUUCAAGGAUGCAUCCCCCCAACAGCUGUCAUGGAGACCUGAGCUCUCAUCUGAUGGUCCCGGGUGGAACGUCCCUUCAGUCUGGCCAAUUAGGAGAUCCUGCUGCACAUUCUGCUCAUCACUGGAUGCCAAGAACAGGAAGCCCAUCACUAUGGAUGACAGGACACUCUUACAGUAUUGGUCACAGCGCUCUGCAUCAGAAUCUUCCUCCAGGAUUUUCUGCUGCAAUGCCAGGCCCUUUGCAGCCCGUCCUGCCUCUCCCCCAAGACCCCUCACAGCUGGUGGUCCUUCCCACUGAGCCAGCUGCUCACCCGCCAACACAUCCCCUAGAUGUGAUGGAGCAGCCGGGACUGUGGCCCCCUGUGUAUGGCACCCGGGGCCCACCCUCCCACAUGCAGCAUCCCGCUGUGUACUCUCGCUCCCAGUUUCUACGGCAACAGGAGCUGUAUUCUCUCCAGCAUCCUCAACUUCAGCACCCGCAUCAGCACCAGAGCCACCAGCCACAACAGGCUCAAGGCCAUGUUCAAGGCCAACCCCAACAGAGGGCACUUAACAUGGACAUGCAGCAUCAUUCCAAUCACAAUGCACAGAUUCAGAAAAGGCCAGAUGAGACGCCUGAACUGGAGGAACUUAUCUCUGAGCCUAGGACAUCUAAACCAGCCAAGCCGUACUCAUACAACCCUCCAAGGAGGAACACCCCGACCCCCGGAGCCGUCCCCCCUCACAUGUCUCCUUGUUGUCAGUCCCCAUCAAUAAGACCACAUCCCAAAAGCACCCCCUCCACGCCCUGCCCUGCACCCAGCCCGGCCGCAGCGGCUCUCCAGUCUCCUGCCAUCAGCCCUGUACCACCUCCCAUGUCAAAGAGGGCCGAAACCCAGGAGAAGAGUGCCGAGAUAGAGCUGCCACAGGAGUAUCCGGAGUCACUAGAACCGGACCUGCCUCCUGGCUAUGUGUACCCCGGCAUUGCCAUUGGCUACAGAAAUGUGCCCUCCUCUGAAGAUGUGCAGCUGGCUGAGCCUGCAGACCUGGCUGCAGUCCAAGUGGAGCCUGUAAACCGUGCUCCCCAGUCUCUCACCAGUUUAGGAGAGGGACUGGAGUGUCAAGCUGUGGUCAGACCUCUCCAGGAGGCUUUAUCGCCUCAGAAACCUGUACAGGAAGUAGAUGAAGAUGUAGCUGAGGUCUUGGGGGAUAGAGAGAAAGUAGCAGAGGUAACAGCACUUUAUGUGCCUGCCGAGAAGGAGCUAACACAGCAGAGGCACGGUGACGAUGAGGUGCUUGUUUGUCCCCCUGCUACAAGCCCGGUGCGUGAGGUUGCCUCCUGUCCGAUCCCUUUAUCCACAGAGGACAGUGAAAGGCCACAAGCUGUCAUCACCCUGGAUGAAGAGGAGGGGGAUGAGCCAGCGGAGGAGAGCCAGGUGGAGCUGGCACAAAAGGUCAACAUGCCUGAAGAGCAGCAUACAGGGCUGGCCUCCACCAGCGUGCCCAGCCCCUGCUCUGCUGCCCUGCAGGCUCCAGAGACCCUGUCUGCUGCUAAUGCGGAGGACAAUGGGCCUGGGAUGGAGAGUGAGGCAGCUCCUGAUGCCUGUGAGGAAGCACUGUCUCCAGUCUCUGCCCUGAGCCCUCAGAGCACUCACACUGAAGUCAUGCCUCACAAACCGCUGGUGCCAUGCUACUGGAGUCUGGAGCUGCUGAUAGCUGCAGCCUUCUGCACAGACGUCCCUCCAUUCCCUCUCUUCCCCUUCAGUGCCCCGGCAGCCUCCCCGUCAGAGCCAAAGGCCCACGCUGGUAUGGAGCUCCUGAGUGAGUUAGCCGAUCUGGAGCUACAGCAGCAGCGGCAGAGCUGUGGGAAAAGCCCGGAAGAGGAGCUGCUGAUGUUUGACUUGAGGAGCCUGGCGACCUUGGCCACAGCGCGGGCCCUAGAGAUGGGGCAUCCAGAAUCCAAAAUCUCAGGUUCAGAGAGGCAUCUUCCAGCCCGAAGGAUUCUUAAUUUACGAAGGAAAUGCAGCUGGACCCCUCGUAAUGAACCAGUUUGCCCUGCCAAGGGUAGUGUUGAAACAAUCGAUGGUCCUGAGCUCACUAUGCGUGUGAAGUUGGCAGAGCUACAGCGGCACUACAAAGAGAAACAGAGGGAACUGGCCAAGCUUCAGAGGAAGCAUGAUCAUCAGAAAGAGGAAACCCCACGCAGCCCAGCAAGGCGUGGCCCAGGUCGGCCAAGAAAGAGGAAGCCCACCUCCACCUUGAGUUCACUGUCGUCAAAUGAUGGCCACAGGAAAGUCAAGUCUGUAGGGGUGGGGCUUGCCAUGUCACCUGAGCACUCUGCUGGAGACAACCAGAAGAGGAAGAAGAGACUCUCCAGUCGAAGCUUGGAAUCAAGCAGCUCUCAGCAGAUAAAAGCACAGGGCUGCAAGAGGAGCACUCUCCACGGUGUGCUCAGCUCUAAGUUGUCUGCUGAUGUGGCUCUGCUCAAACAGAAGGCCCAGCAUAAAAAGAGUGUCUCUGGGGCGGGCUCCAGGGACAAAGAGACCUCGCCUUGUAAUUCCAACCCCAAACAUGGACACCGAGGUCAGGGCACGAACAAAGCUGAAUCCAGGAGAGAGUCAGGCGGGCAAAGUGACACAGCAGCCAGUGGAGACAGUGGCCCACAUGAAAGUUGGAUUGGACAAAAGAAGGGAUCAAGGCCAAUGAAGCAGGGUUCAUCUCAGUCACGAGGAAAAGACAGAGAUAGAGAGAGCUCCCCACCAGAAACCGACUCCUCAGAGCAAGAUGUGGAGGAUGAGGACGGGAGUGACAGUGAUGAAGGUCAAGACCAAAGGACCCGACCCAAGCCCAGUGAGGUUCAUUCGGGCUCUGCAAAAGGCCCAAGUCCCUCGUCGGUUGUAAAGCUGGAAGCUAAUCAGAAAGCCAGGAACAAAAAGCAGAGACAGGAGCUUUAUGGCUCCCAUACUCUGCCUAGUGCGGAGGGUGACGUCAAAGUGAAGAAGAAGCCACAGUCGAACACGACCAAAAAACGCCAUGACGAUUACCGACCAGGGUCUAAGUCCAAGGAGCAGCGCUGGGGCAGUCUGAGCUCAAGAGGCAGCCGCUACAGGAGGACCAUGGGACUGGCAACUUUCACAACAACCACUGAGAGGCUCAAGAGGGCAACUCGCAAGAACACCAUCUUGAGAGGCACAAUAAAUAAGAGGAGAAGCUGCUGGUCAGCUCCAUCUCCACAAAGUGACGAGGGAAGAAGCCGAAGAAGCAAGAACCACGAGCCAAAGGGACACGCUGUGAGUCGGCUGUUGGAGAGCUUCGCAGCUGACGAGGGCUUUCAGAUGGAUGGAGGCAGUUUCUCAGAGGAAGAGGAGGAAUACAGGCAUUUGUAUAAAAACAAGAGCCCCAAUUUUCCAAACUGUGUCCUGACCAAAGAAAUGCUGACGGAUGGACUCAAGGUGCUGAUAUCAAAAGAAGAUGAACUGCUGUAUGCUGCAAAAGUCCACACACUGGACAUACCAGAUAUCUUCAGCAUUUUGAUCGAUGGGGAGCGAGGAAACCGACCACGAAUUUAUUCAUUGGAGCAACUGCUACAAGAAGCUGUCCUGGAUGUCCGUCCAGAGUCAGAGGCCGUGCUUCCAGAGGGGACCAGAGUGUGUGCCUACUGGAGUGAACGCUCUCGCUGCCUAUACCCCGGCUACGUGCGCAGAGGUGGCUCUGAUGAGACCAAACCAGGAGUCAUGGUGGAGUUUGAUGACGGAGACAGGGGAAAGAUUUCUCUCCAAAAUAUCCGGCUUUUACCUCCUGGAUAUCAGAUCCAAUGUGGAGAUGCACCCCCAGUCCCUCUUCCAAAUGUGACAACUGCCAAAAGGAGUUCCCAUCUGGAGCAAGCCCCCAUCAAUGAGAGGCCUUCUGACAGACUGAACAGUGUUGACACUAUGAACAAACAGACUGUCAACAAAAGAAGACCGGGGAGACCAAAGGGUUCUGGUAAAAAGCAAAUGCAGCUACAGCAGCAGGAGUCUAAAAACUCCAUGUUUAUGGGUUGGCCCAUGACCUCUAGCAGGAAGAGGACAUGUGACAAUCUCUUUGGGACACAGAGGAAGACUCGAGGGAGGGACAGUGACCUGUUCACCUCUGCUCCAGUGCAGCCUCUGUCCUCCGCACCAUCCAAAGGCCUGUUCAGCAGUAGCUCCUUCGAAGUGGACUCCUUUAGCAGCAUCGCAAAUGGCUACUCAUCCUUCUGCACUAGACCUGAGUCAAACCUAUCACUGGGACGCAAAGAUGGUCUAUAUAGUCAAAAACGCAGGCCAGAUGAACAACUUAGCAUGCCCCAAAGUAGGAAGUCUGGGCAAGAGUUCCUGGUUAAGUUGGACCAUGAAGGAGUUACGUCACCAAAAACAAAGAACAGCAAAGCUCUUCUGUUACGCGGUGCAUCUUCUAGUGUGAGUAGCCUGCCCAGAGCCGAGGCCUACUCCCACCCUGUCCUGCUGGUCAAAGACAAUAAGAAAGGAGGUGCCAACAAAGUAGAACUCCUCCUCAAAGGGACCUCAGCCCAAAGGAAGCCAUCUCCAUCCCUUGGCCUCAGAGAUUAUGGUGACCUGGGGUUCAGUUCUCACCGUGAAUGCCACAGUUCCUACUCUGAUUAUGAGGAGGAAGACGAGCGGAGGAGGGCUGCAAUUUUGGCUCGGGGUCUCAGGGCUGGUGGGCGUUUCCUGUCUCGCCUUUCUGUGUCUUCUUCUUCAUCUGGGUCUUCUAGCUCCUCCUCAUCAGGCUCCAUGUCAAGCUCUAGUCUCUGUUCCUCGGACAAUGACUCCUCUUACAGCUCAGACGAUGAAGACAGCUCAGCAUUGAUGUUACAGAGUUGUCUAUCAACCCGCCAAAGACUUGUGCAAGCUAAUGAGCCCUCUACUUCCUCCAGGUCACACCCCUUUGGGGCUAAAGCUGUAGCAACAUCUGAUGCUAACAGCAAGUCACUCAAAAGGAAGGACUGCACUAGCUCAAAAGAAAUUGUGAAAAAACCCAGGAUGCAAACAAACGAGAAUUCAUUCAUUCCAAGACCCAAGAUGUCCGGUUUUCUUGCGGGACGACAGAUGUGGAGGUGGUCAGGAAACCCAACACAGAGAAGAGGUCUUAAGGGCAAAGCCAGGAAGCUUUUCUAUAAGGCCAUUGAGCGAGGCAGAGAGACAGUAAGAGUGGGAGAUUGUGCUGUGUUCCUCUCAGCCGGACGUCCCAACCUCCCCUAUGUAGGUCGUAUCGAGAGCUUCUGGGAGUCCUGGACCAGCAGCAUGGUAGUCAAGGUGAAGUGGUUCUACCAUCCAGAAGAGACCAAGCUCGGCAAGAGGCUGCAAAAUGGCAAGCAUGCCCUGUACCAGUCUUGCCACGAGGACGAGAACGAUGUCCAGACAAUCUCUCAUAAGUGCCAGGUAGUGAGCAGGGAGGAGUACGAGCGUCUAACCCACAACCCCAAGAACCUCAACAGCUCCUCCUCUGACCUGUUCUACCUGGCCGGGACUUAUGACCCCACCUCUGGUCAGAUCAUCACUGCUGAAGGAGUUCCUAUACUGUGCUGAACACUACUACUGACCAACUGGCUGGGAUGACAGCUCUUUUCAUUUUGAUUUUCUGGCAUUAGGAAGUCAAAACCAAAGUGACUGAAGUUCGACACUGGAGACUGUUGUGCUUAAUAUUACCACAACUCCCCUUCACUGGUUAAUCUAGAUUGUACUUAGCUGACUGAUUCAUAACUGGACUCCUUUGAAGGUUUAUUACAAAAUAUUUUGGGACCAAUAUUUAAGGCAAGGAAUGAUCCGAAGAAAGCAUUCCAGGGACCCAUGUAAAAUAAUUUGUAAAUACUUUUCCAAUCAAGCCAUACACGUCAGUACCUCUUGCCUGUCUUAAGUGUUCAGGUCAACAUUGUACAGUUGAUUAAUGGAAUUGUCUGUUGUCCAUAUGUACAGAAAAAUGCUAUUUUAUAUAUGAGUCUAUUGUACAUAUACGAGAUGUAACUUUCCAUGUUUGAUUUAUUUUUCUAUUGGUGUAGAAUACAUCGCGUUUUAUGGUUUGCUUUCAGAAGUCAAGUUUGGAGGUGUUGCACUGCAUUCGCCCUGCUGAGACAGACAGCACACACAAAGAUAGAAGGAUUUAGUGUAGAACAGGUCCUAACUCACUUUCAAGGAGAGAUGAGUUUUCCUGUUUAAAAAAAACAUAAAGUGGCUUUUUAUAGAUGUUCUGUUACUUAUUUUUAAAACGCUUUUAAUUUUAUUUAUGUGUUUUUCUUUUGUCAUUGUUGUAAAAGCAGAUCCCAAUGGACUGCGAUCACGGGUCAAAAAUGAUUUAAUAAUGAAUUAAAAAGAGUAUCAUUUUGUGUGACAUAAGCCUCCUGGCAUCACUAUGAUCAUGUCAAAUCAACUGGGUCCUUUUUGAAAUGAAAUUGUAUUGAAUGCAUUCUUCAGCACAUUGUGAUCUAAAAAUACCAAAGUGUCUUUUCUGUUAUAAAUGUCUUUAUUCUAAGUUAUUUAAAUGAACAAAAGUCAAAAACCAGUUUUAAAUCAAAUCAAAUCUGAAUAAUGAAUGCUAACCUAUAUAGAGUAUUGUUUUUCCUCAUUCAUUGAUCAGGCAUAACACAAUACAGACGCUUUCUAAUCAAUGUGGCAGUUGGCUGUUGGAUGUUUUUUGUUUUAAUUUUUUAAAAUCAGGGUAAAUGGGGCUAAGCCAGAAAAAACAGGGCUACAGAAAUUAGUAUCUUAAAAAUGCAGUUAUUGCAGUUGAAGUAUUCCUGCUUUAAAUUGGUCACAGUUUAAUCAAAUCCAUUUCUUGUCUAUAUAUUAGCUGGAUAUAGGCAAGUGGUUCUAUCCAUGGGUUUCAGAGUGAUGGAAAAAUGCAUAGUUUCCAUAGUAACAACAAUUAACUAUUCAAAAUACAAUAUUCUGUUUUUUCAAUAGGCAAAAAGGUCCUCAAAAUGUCGGCUGUAAACAGAAAGAUGAAACCUAUGAAUAGUGUUUUGCCUGAUCAGUGUAUAUUCAUUGUGACCAUAUAGUUUCUUUCACAUGUGCCUCAUUUGUGUUGCAUACAAAGACCAGAUGAAGUGUUGACUAUUGAAGGCCAUGGUACUGACAGAGGCUUAGUUUCAGUGUCUCUUUGUACAAUACACGCACACACAACGCUAACUGUGAAGGACAAUCAGAUUUACCAGGCAAUGGGCAGACUAGCUUCACUCAAUCUGAAUACAACCUUAAUGUAUUUCUUCUGUGCCAAGUACUUUUAUUGUUUUAUUGUUUGAUAUGCAACCUGGAGUAUUCUUUGUUUAUAAAUGUGGAUUUUGUUGGCCAACUUUUUAUUAUUUAUUGUCAUUGUUGCUGUUUGUUCAUGCCAAGAGCGCUUUAUCAGAAGAAUGUGACUUUGGUUUUCUUGGUGUGACGUCACAUUUGCAUUUCUUACAUAAAAAUGGUCUUUUAGGGACCAGCUAGUGAAAAGAAAUAAAACCACACUGGAUAAUUCUCAUC